AAGGUUUGAUGUGCGGGAAACUCGGGGGUAGUGAUUAAUCUGUGGAUGUGGACGUACGUACGACGACGCGUAGACUGAGCUGACGAAGAGAAGUUCAUCAUAGAUAAUUUAGUUCCUGGAGGCUUCUCUUUUCGCUGUGGAAAAACGAUUAAUAUUAUUCUGGACUGUAAUAUUAUAAACGAUAUUUUCAUCAGCAGUGUGAAUGUGAUUCUUCUGCUCAUUGGAUUCUUACACAUCAAGUCAACCUUCUCAUCAACAUAAGCAAGGAUACAAACAGUCAUCAUGUCAGGAAAGACAGACAUGGAGAGGAUUGGUCUCUUCCAAGAGAUGGGUUAUGUCUCUAUUGGAGAUAGAUACGUCCCACCAGGGUCCAAAGCAUUCAAUGAAGCUGCAGGUAAAAGCAAACAGAUGUUACCAGGUGGCAGCAAGGUACGAUCUGCUCUUCAGGCUGGUUAUUUUGAUGAUAAGUAUACCCGAGUGUUUGAAUCAGAAGGGUACAGCGAUGCGGUCAAAAGGAGACGGCAAGACAGGUUGAAGGAGAGUAAAAAGAACAUUGGCAAAGCAUUCCUUCCAAGCAGUGGAGAAAAACUAAUGAGUGGUCUUGGCAAUCAUUAUGGAACUCUAUCAGGACCAGUGCCAGCUCUCAGUCCUGUCAAGAAAGCAGGCAAAGCACAUAAGAGCGAUGGAAAGAAUGUGAUUACUAACCCAAGCAAGAAGGGCACAGGCUAUGGGUACCCCGGAUUGACACUUGGAAAGGGCAUCACAUACUCCCCAAAUGCAUAUGACAAAGGAAAGGAAUUAAGAAAGAAAAGCUUAGAACAACAUAAGAGUUCCAUGAAGGGUGGAGCGUUUCGUCUUAACAUGCAUCCUAAGGCACUGUUUGAUGCUAACCCCUACGCUCACGACAGACCGCUGCCUCCAGUCAAAGCUAAGCUCGCUACGAAAAAGAUCUCAACCCCAUUCAAACCUAGCCAUCCUGCUAAGAUCAUCGGUGGGGCAAAGGCUGGAACCUUUGACCCUUACCCCUCACAUUCCAAUGACCCCUACCGUCUUAAGGUCAAGAAGGGGCCGCCUCCUACGAACAGCUCUGGCAAGAUAUUUACACCAUCACCGGGCCCCAAGUCAGCUCCUACAACAUCUAUCAUCAAUCAAAACAUUAUCAGAACCAUGAACAGCACGAACUACAGAUCGAUUGGAACGACAUUAGCGUGAUCAUCAUCAAGAUUUUGCAAUCACACAGGAAACCGAGUGUGAAAUAUGAACAAUGGUGUAUUCAGACUCUGUGAUGAAUGAAGAACACUGAAGCCCCCAGAAGAACGUAGCUUUUUACCUCUGUGAACAUUCAAUCUUUUAAAGCACUGGAAUAAAAACAGUUUUCAGCAGAAGAUAUCCAGCGGACUAUAGUUUUGCUAUAAUGACUUGGAUCAUUUAUCCUGUGAUGAAGAUUCCAUUCAACUUGUAAGGUUUUUUGAUAUACCGGUACAUGUACUUUCAACCUAUCAUGAACUAAAGUAAUUUAUGACUUAAAAGAAUCAUGUUGAAGAUGAAAUUAAUGCAGCAAGCAAUAUUUUACGAAUCCACCUUCUGUUGUUAUUUUGAGCUACAUGUCAGUCCGUGUAAGAGGUAUUACUGUCUGUAUGGAAUCUUAGCCUUUGUGUCUUCAAGAUUUUGUAAAUAACUCAAGUUCAGAAAUAGUAUAAUGUAAAAUAUUAUAGCCUUGUAAAUAUUUAUAUAUAUGAAGAAUAGAUUGAAAAGGAAAUAAAUUGAAGCACCUUUCACAAAUAUACCCAUACAAAUUGAACUAAUACCAUGCGUUUCUACAUUUAUGCAGGAGGAAUGCUAAAUGACAAUGAAAAGAUCUCUCACUUAAAUGAGAUAUAAAUGGUUGCUAGGAGACAGGCCCAGGUCAUUAAUUUUGUGUUGAGGUUAUUUAAAGCAAUUCUUUCAGACAAAACGUGGUGUCCGACAGUUAGGCCUACAAAAUCCAGAAGUGUAAUCAUGUCUAGACUGAGAAUUAAAGAAACAUUUUCAGAGUAUAGUAAAACGCCCCAAAUCUAUGAAGCAUGUUAUUUUUGUUUCCUAUACAUUUGCAAUGUAGUCUAAAUGAUUGACAUGGGUUUUUUUUUAAGCCAAGGAAUGCCUUCAUGUAUUUCUGUUUUUGCUUGUGCAUGAACAUGAUAACUCAGCAAUAUAAUGUUCCCCAAGAUAACGUUAAAAUGUUCAAGACACUUUCAUGAUAGCUAAAUACAGUGUCAGCAGAGUGAAGAUGAUUUAAACUUAUUCAUUAAUACAACAGAGGUUCUUAGUCUGGGGACGGGGGGAAUCAUGGACAAUUACUUUGGAGGUGCAUGACAUCUUUUCAUUCAUUAUGCAUUUGUGUUUAGGAGGGGAGACAAUACUGACCAAGACAACGAGAUGGGCGAUGUAUGUAUAAAAAGGAUUAGAAUCUCCUUUCAGAGGCUAGAAGUUUGUCGAACAGGAGUACACAAAACACUGAAAUGUACACGUUUAUCAGUUUUAAAAGAAAUUUAUUAUAUGUCUGAUCUUGCUUUUCAAUUCGAAAAAAGAUAAAUGCCAUCGUAAUAUGCAAGAUAUUGACGGUGUCAUUUAUUCAAUCCGUCCAAAGUACAGGAGCAUGUAUCUCUUUGAAAUAUGAAUGGUUGCUACUAUUGUAUUCUAAAAUUGCUUCUUAUUGAAUCAUCUUUCAAAAAGUGCUCUAAAUGGAAGUCUUUGUAAUAAAUGACAACUUUAUAUACAAA